CGCUAAACUUUUUGACGGGCCGGGAUUAAUUCUGCGGACGCGACCAAGCGGCGGCCAUUGUUUUUAAAGUUGCACCACAGACGCAGGUGAGAUUCGAUCCGAAUCCUUCAUAAAGCUUAUUCCCACUUUCAAUGAGACAACAAUUGACACGAAGAGCUUUGCAGUGCUGUGAUUGUAUGACAGGAAGUGUUUGAUGGCAUCCAGGACCACGUUGAUGGGAUGAGAUGAGACAUUGGGAAGACUCGGGAAUAUCGGACGAAGAACAUAACGACUGACAACCCACGAAAAUGGCACGACAACGCAAAGAAAAGGAUGUGAAGAUCAAGCUCAAACAACCCGAUCGAUCAGGACCAGACCCUUCCCAACAGACGCUUCUCGAUAUCGCAGAGAAGCGUGGAUUGUUGAAGAUUCCAGUAGGAGAAGAUGAAGAAGAGAGGGAAGGACUAGAUGAAAAUGGAGAACCCUUGAUCGGCAGGCUCGGAGAAUCGGUGUUAUGGAGCAUCAGCUUGACAAUGCUCCACUUCACUCUCGAUGUUCUGGUUGCACAUCAAUAUGCCGUUGAGAUUAAAUGGAAUGCCAUUGUCAACCGUUCUGCACAGGCAUUUCCCAUUAUCCUUCUCCUGAUCUAUUCCCUCCAUUCUCAUCCCACUCCCUCACCUCUUCUACCGACCCUCCCUACUCGAAUACAACCCCUCGUACACCAACUGUUCUUCUUCGCAGGCAGUGUGGCAGCAGGGUGCUAUUUGAUAUAUAUCACGAACGUGCAUUCAUACUAUGCAGUCAUGAAACAAUCCCCCCCUCUAGGAUGUCUCUGGAUCUGGUCUGUCAUAGAAUUGAAUGUGUUUUGGGCGACUGGGAGUUUGAUAUGCUGUGGUAUAUUCCUGAAGUUUGGUGGCUAUAGCUUCCUAUAAAACAUAAUACGACAUAGUCACAACAUAUCCUUCGCCUUGCUCUGGAUGAUUCGGAAGGGAUGAUACCAUGUGAUGAUUCUGAGCAUCUCCAACAUCUGCUAAUCCCCA